GUCAUAUGUGCCUUAUGCGUUUACCUGGAAUUAUCUUACCAUAACUUGCAUUUGUGUCUUUCUUCGAAAUGGCAGAUGCCACAUUGGAGCCUGAGUAUGACCUAUUUCCCGUGCUCUGCACGGCAGAUAUCCCGAUCGAUAUGGUUAACGAGUUCUUAAGUGCAGACGCUAUGCAAGAAGCCCCACUAUGGACGCUUGUCAGAUCGCCUGAGCAGGAAACCUUCGACAUACCCACUGUACCGCCAGUCGAACCCUUCACCAACGGUUUUAUUGGUGCACCAUUUGAAGAUCUAGUUAGCUUCGACAAGCAAUACUUUCUUCCAGGAUAUGGCGCUCAGAUUUGUGUCGACUGCUUCGUGGUAAUGGACGAACGAACCCUGGAAGAUCAAACGGUUGUGUUCUAUAACCUGGAAUGUUGGGAGCGGCGGGAAGAGGACGAAGAUCCGGAUAUGUACGACGGGUCAGAUGGGUCAGAUGAGGUAGAAAAGUGGAAAUCUGUCCGUUUUCGUAUCAGAUCCGCCAGUGCUUUCAUCCGCUGGGUCCGCGAUCGCAACAUAUUUCUUGUCGAGGGUGAGACAGAGAUCACCGAAGAUGGAAUAAUGGAUGACUCCGAUAUGUUUAAAGAAGAGUAGCAAGUAUGGAGGUCUUAAAGGAAUGUUUUGCGCAGUGUUCACGACGUUAUUACACAGGAACUUCUGAGAUCUAGUAUAUUUGGUAACAAAUGGUGAUGAAGAGAUGCCGAAGCACCUGACCAGUACGUAGUCCAUCGUCGCAUAUCCCCCUCGGCGGCAUCUCUCCUUCAAAGGGCAUAGUCGUCAUAUGGCUGUCCGUGAAACGUACUGCCUUCGAACUGAAUGCCAUUCGCACCCGCGUC